AUCAGAUGCUUUAUACUCUGAUCGUUAUGUGGUAAAACGAUUUAAUAAUUUUCAAAGUUUAAAACAUCAUAGAGGUUGCGUAAAUUCAGUUUUUUGGAACGAGGCUGGCAACUUGAUCAUAUCUGGUUCAGACCCAGAGAAGCCUCUUAUUCAUUCAAUUCCAUCUGGUCACAAUGCAAAUAUUUUUUCUGCUCGUUUCAUGGCAAAAUCAAACGAUAGACACAUAAUUUCAUGUUCUGCUGAUGGUGUUGUUAGAUACACCGAUCUUGAGCAUAUUGUAGAAAAUGAUGCUAGUUGGUCUCCUUUACCUGAAUUUAAUUGUCACAGUUAUAUGGCGUUCGAAGUACUGCCAGAUCCAAAUGAUUCAAAUAUAUUUUUCUCAUGUUCCGCUGAUGGUCUAAUCAAUCAAUAUGAUCUACGAAUCAAAAAAUCGUGUCCAUGUAAUCAUUGUAAACAACACAUAUUUCUUGAUCUGAAUCCAACAAGUAAUCCUGACAAACAUUGUCUAAAUUCUAUUAAUAUUGACAAAAAAAACAAUAAUAACAGACGACGACCUGAAUUGGGAAAUCCUUACCCAGCUAGACAAAGAAGAAGAGGAAUAAUAAAAAGUCGCACAAAAGAUACGAGUAUAACCACUAUAUCCAUAAGACCUGAUAAUCCGGUAUAUAUGGCAGCUGCAUGUGAAGAUACUGUACGUAUUUAUGAUCGUAGAUAUGUAGUGAAAUCAUCAUAUCAUCGUGAAAGUCAAGUAUAUCAAUUCAUUCCAAAGUUAAUGCGUGAUAAUCCUGCCUCCACUCAAAGUAAAAUGACCAGUUUAAAGUUUGAUCCAUGUGGUGGUGGUGAUUUAUGUGCUAGUUAUAGCAAUAGUAAAAUUUAUUUGAUUAGGCCUAAUGCUGAUCAGAAAAAAAAAUCAUCUCAUAAAAGUUCUAAAAAAGAAAAACAAAAACAAAUUAAUGAUGAGAACAUUGAUAGGGGUACUGUUGAUCAUAAUUUGAUGAAUAAUGAUGAUAAUAACCCAAAUCACUCACACUUAUCACCAGUUAGCAUGGAAGGUGUUGCUUGUGGUAGUGGUAGCAGUGAUGGUAAUGUAAAUAAUAUUGAUAGAGAGGGUAAAGCAACAACGAAAUAUGACGAGAAUAAUAAUAAUAAAGUUGAUGGUGUUAAUAGUAUUGAAUUUACUAUUAAGGAAGCUAAUUUUUUUGGUGCAAAUUCUGAAUAUAUCAUGUCUGGUUCAGAUGAUGGUAGAAUAUUUAUAUGGGAUAAAAUCACAGGUGAAGUAGUUAAUUUAUUGAAAGGUGACUCGAGAGUAGUUAAUUGUCUUCAACCACACCCACAUCUCCCAAUAUUAUGCACAUCUGGUAUUGAUAAUGAUGUAAAGAUUUGGUAUCCAGAGGGAGAAGAGAAUGAUCUUUCAGAUUUACAAAAAGUAAUAGAACGUAAUGAACUUGAAGUAAAGAAUAUCAAUGAAGAUAAUGAUCCAAAUCCCAUGUUGCUAUUCUCUGGUGAUUUUAUUCGGAUUAUUGAAGCUAUAAUCGGUCAAUCUGGAAGGCAUUUUACGGAUUGA